AUGCGUCCCGGGGAGCUCCGAGGCCCAGGAGGUCGGCCUUAUUUCCGCAGACAGGUCUCAGCACUUCUGCUUUGGUGGCUGCCUGGGGACGGGCUGAGGGCUCCGCAGCGCCGACCUCCCGGCCCGCUCUGCCCAAGCUCCGCUCUUCCCUUUUCUCCUCCCUGCCCCGACGCGGCCGUGACGAACGCGCUCCUCGCUGCCUCGGGGCUCGCCUGGGCUCGCGAGCAGCAGGAGGGGGCCGGCCCGGGGGUCCCUCAGCCCGUCCCUCCCGCAGGCCUGCCCGGGGAGUCGCCGCUGGUGCGCGUGCUGGAGGACGAGUCGCGCAGCCGCCUGGGCCGCUUCAACCAGAAGGACGUCUCCAUGGUGUUCAGCAGCGUGAUGAGGCUCCACCCGUCCAGCCCGCACCCCCUGGUCGAGUCGUGCCUCAGCAGCCUGGAGCGGCACCUGGAGAAGGAGCGGCACCCCCAGACCCUCUUCCUGCUGCUCUCCUACUACCGGCUGCGCGCGCAGGCGCUGCAGGGCCACCCGGCCUCCGACCAGCAGCUCAUCAACAACCGCAAGAUCCUGCGCCUCGUCCGGCACACGCUGGGGCAGGUCAGCGCCAUGCGCGAGCACGAGCUGGCCCUGCUGGACGAGAUGCUGGCCCUGUGCGCGCAGGAGGCCAACAACAAGGCCCUGGAGGCCAUCUUCAGCUCCCAGCUCUUCUACGAGAACCGCCAGGAGCGAUUCAUCCGCAGCAUGGCAGAGUGGCUUCCCAGGAAGGCGGAGAACCUGACCCCCUACACCAUGGCCCUCAUCGCCAAGUACGUGGCCCGGCACCGCCUGCGCGAGCCGCGGCUGCUCGAUACCAUCGCCAGCUUCCUCCUGAAGCGCGGCGAGCAGCUGGACAGCAAGGUGAUCCAGAAGCUGGUGUUUCCCUUCAGCCGCAUGAACUACCGCCCGUCCAACCACGGCGAGCUCUUCCCCAAGCUGGAGGCCAUCCUGGAGCAGAAGGCGGGCAGCUCGCCGCUGGCGACCGUCAACAUCCUCAUGUCCAUGUUCCAGCUGAGCCACUUCCCGCAGGCCGUCCUGCACCAGGUCUUCUCUCCGGCCUUCAUCACCAACGUGAUGAGCAGCCCCUACGCGCUCAUCGUGCGCCGCUACCUCUCGCUGCUGGACGCGGCGGUGGAGCUGGAGUUCCGCGACUACAGCGGCCCCCGCCUCGACCCGCGCUACCGCGUCCUGAUGUUCGAGCACGCGCUGACCGCCGACGAGGCCAACAGGAAGUACAGUUACAAGGGGCUCGUGGCCGAGGCCCUGCGGCAGCUGGUGGGAGAGGAGUGCUACCGGCAGGACGAGGUGCUGCCCCCCGGGUACUGCACAGACUUCCUGCUGUGGAUUAACCGCUCGGGCACGGUGCUGCCCCUCUCCCGCGUCCCCGCCGCUUCCAAGGCUCCUCCUGCCCACGCCGCGGCGUCCCCCGCCGCCCUCUCCCUGCGCUCCAGCGUCCUGGCCCUCACCUCGGACUUGCAGGACUUUGCCCCGUUCGCCCCGGAGACGCCGGGCAGCCCCCCGGCCCCCCGGGAGAACAACCUGGCGGGGCGCUUCCUCUCCACGCUCUGCCCGGCCCCGGGGGGGCCCUGCUACCAGCCCCCCUCGGACUAUUACUGCGGCCUGAGCAAAGAGUCUUCCCUGGAGAGCCAGGGCAGCUCCACGCUGAGCAGCCCCUCCGAGUGCCUCUCCGCGCAGCCCGCCGGCACCCCCGCCUGCUCCCCGCGGGGCUCCUCCACGGCCACCCUCUUCCAGUUCCCCAUCGGCAAGAUCCUGGAGGAGGAGGCGGCGGCGGGCGGCUGCCCCCAGCGCGAGCACGGCCGCUUCCAGGGGGAGCAGGCGCAGGAGGACGCGGAGGGACGCAGCCCCCCGCCCGCCGAGGACGCCUGCCCUCCGCCCUCCCCGUGCCGGCCCAGCCCCACCAGGGGACCCGGCGAGGGGCCGCCAGCAGCGGACGAGAUUCAGAGGGUGGUGCUGUCGGUCAACGACAAGUGGCAUUACUGCCAGAACUCCGACAUCCUGGUGGGCUCGCGAGCCAUGCGGGACAGACACCUGCGGCUGCUGGGCUACUGUCUGGUGCAGCUGCCCUACACGGAGCUGGAGAAGGUGAGUGGCAUCGAGGAGGCCAAGCACUACCUGCGGCAGAAGCUGAGGGAGCUGCGCUUCUGAGGGGGCUCAGCCCUCGCCGGGUGGGCGCUGGGGCGGGCGCGGAGCCCCUGGCCGGGGCUGGGGGGGGGGGGGGGACGGAGCUGCCCCCUUCCCGUGGGGAGCGGGGCUCGGCCGCGGGCACCUGCUGUGCGACGUGGGGCCGGGGUGGUGUGAGCUAUUUAUUGCCGUGAGCGUGGGGAAGGGGCGCGACGUGACCGCUGCGUGCCGGGAGCCCUGGGCUGUGUGACGCCGGGGGGGCGCGGGCCCCUGACGGCCACCCCCGGCCCCGCCAGCCUCAGGGUCACUGAAGGGUCUGGCGGUCCUGGGUGCUGGGUGGGGGGUCCGGGGCCCCCAACACACCGCGGGGGGGGGGGGGGGGGGGGGGGGCCGGAGGCUCUGCCUGGCCCCCCCGUAGGGGCUGUGGCGGCCCCACGCUGGGGCAGGAGGGGGUCGGGCAGGGCCGCGGCCACUUGCACAGGGGCUGCUCCCGGGGCCCUGAGCGGGAGGAGGGGGGUGCUUGGGACGCAGGGGUUAACUUUACAAUAAAACUGGUGAAAAGUG